AUGUGUAUCAUCUACUCUACUCCUAAAAGUUGCGGCAACUGCGAAGCUGAGGAUAUCGCGCUUACCAACAAAGAGGAAUGCGAAGCUAUCAAGCAAGGCCAGGCCUGUCUGGGAAAGAAAGAGGUCGUGCUUAACAAUGCAUGGCUGUGUCCAGCGUGCAAAUUUAAUACAGCUCGUGGCCCGUCCUACCUGGAAACAUACGACUAUCAACCAAAGAUCCGACAACAGAUCACCAAAGAAGAGAGUGCUGAAAAGAAGACGGGUUGCUUCACGGAUAAAGUCAAGAAGAUGAUCGGUAAAAAGUAG